CGCCGUGGCCAUGGGGGAGCGCGCAGACGAGACGCCGCUGCUGCUAUCGGCCGAGGGCCCCGCCGUGUCCGCCCCGCCGUCCGCAGCCGAGGCGGGCGGCAGCAGCAGUGCCGGGCGGCGGCUCGGCGGCGGCUGGAGCUCGGCUCCGUGGGGAGGCGAGGGGCCGGAGGAGGCGGUGGGGCCGCCGCGCGCGGAGGCGGAGGAGGACCAGAUCGUGGCCGUGUUCGUGGUCACCUUCGACCCCCGCACAGGCAACAUGGUGGAGUGGUGUUUACCCCAAGAUGUUGAUUUGGAAGGUGUGGAAUUCAAAUCUAUGGCAAGUGGGUCCCACAGAAUCCAGUCGGAUUUCAUCUAUUUCCGGAAAGGGCUCUGUUUUGGCCUGGCCUGCUUUGCCAACAUGCCUGUGGAGAGCGAGUUAGAGCGUGGUGCCCGCAUGAAGUCCGUGGGGAUUCUGUCCCCUUCCUACACCCUGCUGUAUAGGUACAUGCACUUCCUGGAGAACCAGGUGAGACACCAGUUGGAGAUGCCAGGGCACUACUCCCAUCUAGAGGCAUUCUAUGAUGACAAGAAAGGAGUUCUCCCCAGUAGCAAGGGCACCUCCAACUCUCAGCAACCUGUCCACUGGCUGCCAUCCAUCCACAGAUACAUGUACCCAGAGAUGAAGAUCACACACCCUGCUGGCUGUAUGUCUCAGUUCAUCAAAUUCUUCGGUGAGCAGAUCCUUGUCCUCUGGAAGUUUGCCCUGCUGCGCAAGCGCAUAUUGAUAUUUUCACCACCCCCAGUUGGAGUUGUCUGCUAUAGAGUCUACUGCUGCUGUUGCCUUGCCAAUGUUUCUCUGCCUGGUCUUGGAGGAACUGUCCCAGAGUCCAAACCAUUCUUCUAUGUGAAUGUGGCAGACAUAGAAAUGCUGGAGACAGAAGUAUCCUAUGUGGCCUGCACAACAGAAAAGAUCUUUGAGGAGAAACGGGAUCUCUAUGAUGUCUAUGUGGACAACCAGAAUGUGAAGACGCAUCACGAGCAUCUCCAACCACUCCUGAAAAUUAAUAAUGCUGACAAGGAGAAGUACCGGCGGCUCAAUGACCAGAGGCAGAUGUUAAUGUAUUCUCAGGAAGUGGGUGAUGAUUGUAACUCCUGUGAAGAGGACCUUUUCAUCUUGUUUUUCAUGGAGCAGAACAACCGCAUAUUUCAGACGCUGAUGGAGGUGUCGGCCAGCCAGGACAAGACACUGACAGCUGACCAUGCACGAGGCAUGGGCCUGGAUCCCCAAGGGGAUCGAAGUUUCCUUUUGGACCUGCUGGAAGUAUAUGGCAUCGAUGUUAUGCUAGUUAUUGACAACCCCUGCUGCACUUAAACCAUGGGCAAGAGAUGGGGAGCAAAGAUCACUUUUUAAAGACUACCAGACAUUGCUUAGGAGGAUCACUGGAACUCACCGCAGCCACAGUUACUAAAUAAUAUUAAAGGGAGAAUAUUUAUAAUUUUAAAACAAAAUGUGAUUUUAUUUUCUCUCCCUCAGCCUCCCAGUGAGUACCUGCUCCAGGUUUGGUUUUGUUUGGUAUUCGGUUUUGUCUUCCUUUCUCUUUCAUCUGUGUUUUUUGUUGUUUUUUUUUUUUUUAUUUAGAUAGGACCAGGGGCAUGUUUGCAGCAAUCUUUGCUGUUGCCAGUGAUAGCUAGGGUUUGGCCUAGCUUGGAUACCUGAGGGCUUAAGGCUUCAGGAAAGCACUUUGUCUGAUAGGGACCAAUGUGAACUGCUGUAACUGAGCUCUCAAGCCUUGACUGGAAAACCCUCCUAUCAUCCCCUCUUCCACCUGGGGACUGAAGAGAGCUUCAGCACAACUCAGUCUCAUAAAACAUCUGUCCUACCAUGUUUAUUGGUGGGGACAGUUAAGCCAAUGAUAAAAACUAGGACUCCUUUAAGCACUCCUCACCAGCUUCUAGCAGUUGAGUUGGAAUAAAGCUACCCGUCCUCAUCAGUGGCAGAAGCAAGUUUGGAAUAAGGGGGUGCUACAGGACCUUAUGACUUUGCUUGCCAGAGUGGCACGGUUUCACUUCCAGCAUCUGAAGUGGUAUAAACUGGCAAUGACUACACCUACCCUAUCUCAUAGCUGGAGAAGAGCACCAUCUCUACAUGAUCCCUCCUACCACUUCUUCUGGUCUUCAGUUGCAUCACACCUGCUGCUUUGGUUUAAAAUCUUCAAACUAGCAAGAUGGUCUCCCAUUUAAGAGGGACCAAUAUCACUGAGCCACCUUGCAGUCAGUAUGUUCUCCAGCCUCAGUUCGGAUGGCGCUGGGCUGGACUGGGUUGAAUAAGUAUGCUUUAACUAAUGUCACUAGCCCUUCCUUUGUAGCACAUGGUACUUGUCACUCCUUUGCUUUAAAACUGUCUGCUGAUCCACUUUUUGUCAGGCAGUCUUCAGCACUGCCUGCAGCUGUCCUUGGCUUUCAGUGUGAUGCAGAGUGCCUUCACAGUUUGCAGGAAGUUCCCUUUGAGUUUGGUGUUCUUAACUGGCACAGCUGCAGUGUCUAACAGCAAACCUUUUUUUUUCCUGGAGAGAGAAGCAGUAGAACCAUAAGAACAGUGUUUUCUUCUUGUGCUGUGGAAAGAGUAGGAUUCAGUUCAUGCAGGACCAGUGGUUACCUCCACGAAAGCUAUCCCAGUAAAGAGUAAUCCCUUUGCCGUGUGAAAUCCAAGAAUGGUACUGUGGGUUUUAGGUGUGACAUCCUGCUUUGCCCCAAAUCCUUUAGUCAGUAGAAGCAUCAGCUUUAAGCUAACUGUUCUUCCUGAACUUUGGCUAUAGUUAAUUAGCUGCUGCUUCUACCAUAAUGGACUUCAGCACCCUUGGAGGCUUUCAGUGGUUUGCAGGAAUGUAAACUGUAGCUGACGUAUCCAUUUAUCCUACCAUUUUGUAGACUCUCUGUGGCUUGUCUCCCUCUGGAAGGAAGGAGGCUGGCAUGGCCUGUUUUUUCUUGAAGGCUGUCAGCAGCAAAGGGGUAGUUUUGCUUGCUGUGGAUUCAGAGGUUUUAGUGCCAUGGGGAAUUGGGGGCCUCACCAGGCUUUUUGCACAGUUCUUGGUACAAGCUUCAGCAUAUUCUGUUCCUGUGAUCUGCCCGUCUCCGAGCAGUCACUCCCCUGCCAGCUUUUUCAGGGCUUUAGAUGGUUUUGGGUGUUACAGGAUAAAACGUGCUACUGCUUGUAUUGCCAGUUGCUCACAGCUCUAAUGUUAUCAUCCUUAGAAGGUUGGGGGGAAAAGGGAGAAAAAGG